ACAGGCACUGUCUAUUAACAAGUAAGUGACAGGUGAUUGCCUGUGACAGAACACAAAUCUGAUCUAAAUUCAUGUAAUUUGAUACAAUAAAGGCUCACAUUAGUAAUCCAAACAACCAUAUGUUGUGUACGGUUUUGUGUAUGGCUUAACAUCAAGUUGGGUCUUGGCUUAAAAAGGUUGUCCACCACUGGCUUACAGAAUUAAACAAAUGAUAUUUAAAAAUAUCAAAAUAAAAACAAAAAUAUAUUCUCAAUAUUAAAGUUUGAACCCUACAAGCUUGACAUUUAAGAAUUUAUCUCACUCGUGAGUGACUAGUUCUUCAAGAUACAAGUGUUUUAUACGAGAUGCUUAAAAUAUUCCAGUUUAUUGUUUUUUUUGUAGCUUUUGAUAAGAUAUUAGCACUGCCUAAUGACAUUGAAAAGUGCAGAAUUAAUGACGAAAACUGUUUACUAAGGUCGUCAAAUAAAGUUCUUAAAAAAUAUUAUAGAGGAAUCACAGAAAUUGAUCUUGUACCCCUCGACCCAUUUAUGGUCGACAAAAUUAAAAUUAAUCAUGACUAUGGUGCAAUCAAAAGUAACGGAACCGUCUACAACAUCAAGUUGCAUGGUUUUGCGACCACGACAAUUCAAAAAAUUUCAGGAUUUGAUAAAAAUCUUUUAGAAAUUUAUUUUAAAACGCCCAAGUUUUCAUUUACUGGAUUUUAUAAAGCCAAUUCGGAUGUUUUGGGAUUUCCAAUAAAUGCCGAGGGAAAUUUUUUGAUGAAUUUUUAUGACUUUGCCGCCAAAAUUAGUAUCAAACUUGAGCGAUACACAAGAAAUGGAAAGACUUAUUUAAAGACAAAUGGAUAUGACAUAUCAUCUACUGUAAGAACAGGAGAUCUUAAUUCAUCAGGUGUAAGUCCGGCUGUAAAUUGGCUUGUUAAUGCUAGCUUUGAUCUUGUCAUUAAAAGCAGCUUAAAAUCUUAUGUUGGCGAUCUAUGGACUGUAUAUUAUGAGAAAGCUAUCAAUGCAGUGUUGACCAAAGUUCCAAUUGAAGAGCUAUUUUUGAGCUAGUUUUAAAUUUUUGGUACAUAUUUUAUAAGAUUUGUGAAAAUUGAAUAAAAGAUGUGAUAAAAAAG